CUCCUCAGUCGGCCGCUGGCUCUCGGCUCCGCUGCACGCCCGCGCUUCUCACCUGCUCUGCUGCCGCCGCGGCUCCGCGCCCCGCUCCGCCCGCCGCGCGCCGACCGUUCCCGUUGUUUGGCGCGCAACACCCAACCGUGCGGGUGGUCAGUGACUCCCCCGCACCGGCACCGGCCGGGGUAUACAGAGGAUAUCCGAGUGCGACCCUGCGAGCGUGUGCGGAAGAGUGCGAUACUGUGCGAGUGCUUUAAGUGUGUGAGUGUGUGCGUACCUGCGACAAGUGGAGAGAGAUGGGACUAAGCCGAGGAUAGCGUUAAAACGAGCCAGGCCCUGCUGGCCAGGAGCCCGGCGCGGCCGGGGGAUGCGGGGGCCGCGGCCGAGCGCACCUCCCGCACCACCAACACCACCACCAGCAACAACAACGCCGUCACCGUCACUGCAGCCCCGUGACCACCACCACCGUGGGGCCGUCUAAAACCGCAGCCAUGGAGGCGAUGCAGGCCGCGCAGCACGUCUACGUGGUGAAGGUGCGCGCCCUGCCGGACCCGGCGCUGCAGUUCCCCUCCGAGCGGCGCUACUCGGCGUUGACGGUGGCGGGGCUGGCCGCCGGCCACGCGCUGCUGGGCGGCGUGGCGCUGCUGCUGGGGCUGCUGGCCCUGUCCUGGGACCCCUCGGACCCGGAGGGCCCUGAGGGCUACGCCUGGUGCGGCCACCUGGGCGCGGGGCUGUGGCUCGGCGCUGCGUCGCUGCAGGCCGCGGCCUGCGGGGUGCUGGCCUGGCGCCGCUGGUACGAAGACCGCUACAUCGCCUGGUUCUUCCGCUCGUCGCUGCUGGCUGCCCUGGUGGCCGGCGCGGGCCUCGUCCUCACGGCGGCCGCGCUGGUGCACCUGCACGAGGGCGUCCUCGCCCUGCCCGAGCCCUACGAGCCCGCCGCCCCAGGACCGGCGGCCGCCGACGAGGGCAGCGGCGGCGGCUCGUCCUGGCUCGACCUGGUGGACCUGGCCGACUCCAACAGCAGCACGAUCAGCAGCGGGGGCGUCUUCUCCGAUCUCGUCCGGGACCAGGAUCACGACCUCGUCGCCGCCGACUCGACGCGACACGAGGACCUGGCCUCCAGACAAGUCGCGCACGAGGACGGCCUGCACGCCCUCCCCGAGGUGUCGGAGUGGUCGGUGCUGCGCUGGGUUCCCGUCCCACUGCCACCCCGCGCCUCGGCCCAAGUCCGGGCGCUGGUGGCGGUCAACGUGAUGGUGGCAUGCUUCCUGGAGCUCCUGUGGUCCCUCCUGGGCGCGCGCCUGGCCUGGCGUGGCAUGCAAGCCACCGACGUGGACAUCGCCCAGCCCCAGGGCCAGGGCCUCACACCGGCAGCUCCAGCCCAACCACGCUCGACGCCCGACCUGGAGCGAGGUGCUGCCGACGGGAAGGUAGACGUGGACACGGACCAGUCGGCGAACCUCUCCGACGGGGAGUUGAAAGUGUCCAGGGACGAGAGUGGCAAUCUGAGGAGGAAGAAGAAGCAAACCAAAAGUGUGGAAGACGGCGCUAGUCUGCAGAGGCGUCGGCGCGCCCCCGAGCUCCCCAUCCUGGCCCUGGAGCAGCGCACCAUGAACCUGGAGGAGCGUGUGGCCAGGCUACUCGGAGCCGAGCAGACCGUAGGCGUAGGCCUACAGAACAUGCCUCAGAGCUGAAGUAAGCGCGCACGCCAGGCGCCCACAAUACCUCAACAAAAGUUACCAAUGAGACUGAUAUCUGGCUUCCGAGGAGUGCCAGCUGCAAUCAUACCAAUAGCGGGUAUACCCCGUCAAUGAAACAUAUCUUUAGAAUUAGAGGACAAUAUCGUACAAUUUGAAGUAUUAAAUGGGACCUUUUCUAUCUCUCCCAAUGAAGGGAAGGGCCUGCAAAAAAAUAAUAACUCAGUUGUGCUGUGGUUGAA